AUGCCUGCUGCUGCUUCCUCUGGAUUGUCUCGUACCAUUUACAACACCAUCUUUAAGAAGAACUCUGUCUUUGUUACCACUAUCUUUGCUGGUGCUAUUGCUUUUGAAGUUGGCUUCGAUACUCUUGCCGACAAGGUCUGGGAUAACCUUAACAAGGGCAAACAAUGGAAGGAUAUCAAGGACAAGUAUGAAUAA